UCGCUGCCCUCUGUGUCUCCUGUGACCCCAGGAAGUGAGAGGAGCGGUGCUGCAGCCAGCACAGUGCUGGAUCAGUGAGAGGAGUCAGAUAAGUGUUUAGCGAUGAGCAGGGGCAGACUGACAACUCAUGGGGCCCCCAGGCAAUAGGGGAUCAUGAGGCCCCUGUGUCCUUGCCCAAACUCAAAAAAGCCUAUGAAAAAGGUACCAGGGGCAUUUUAUGGGGCCCCCUACUGACCCUGGGCCCUCAGGCAGUGCCCGAGUUUCCAAAUGGUCAGUCCGCCCCUGCCGACAGUUUAUUUUGUAUUUACACUUUUCAGUAAAGGUAGGUCACAUCAGGACACAGUCCUUGUCUUACACCAGAGUUUCAGUUGUUUUAGUCAGAAAGCUGUGUAAUUUACCUCUUGUUGUA